CCCAUGUUACUAAAACUAAUCGGUGUGUAAACCAUUGAUCUCCAACACCUAGAAAACCCACACAAACCCCAACAAGAAACCCAAAGAAAUCCUCCCAACCAAAGAUGGCAUUAAGCAACAAUGUCAUAGGUGCAAUCAACUUUGUCUCUAUGCUCCUUUCAAUCCCAAUCAUUGGAGCAGGGAUUUGGCUUGCAACAGAACCAGACAACUCUUGUGUCAAGAUCCUCCAAUGGCCUGUAAUUAUCUUAGGGAUCUUGAUCUUAGUUGUGGGUUUAGCUGGUUUUGUUGGAGGGUUUUGGAGGAUUCCAUGGCUUCUCAUAUUCUACUUGAUUGCCAUGCUUGUUCUUAUAAUAUUGCUUGCUUGUCUGGUGGUUUUUGUGUACAUGGUCACCAUUAGAGGGCAUGGAGAGCUUGAACCAAGUAGGGCAUAUUUGGAGUAUCAUCUUGAUGACUUUUCAGGUUGGCUUCGCCGGAGAGUUCAGAGUAGUUAUAAGUGGGAUCGGAUUAGAGGCUGUCUUAGUUCAACUAGUAUGUGCCCUGAAUUGAACCAGAGGUAUCGCAUGGCACAAGAUUUCUUCAAUGCUCAUCUUACUCCAUUACAGUCAGGAUGCUGCAAGCCACCCACCAAAUGUGGGUACACAUUUGUGAACCCAACAUAUUGGAUUAGUCCAAUCGACAAUGCAGCAGACAUGGACUGCUUGAACUGGAACAAUGAUCAAAACCAACUGUGCUACAGCUGUGAUUCAUGCAAAGCUGGUUUACUAGCCAAUUUGAAGAAGGAAUGGAGAGUAGCAGACAUCAUAUUGCUCAUCACUCUUGUUGCUUUGAUUAAAGUUUAUUUGAUUGGUUGUUGUGCAUUCAGGAAUGCCAAAACAGACGACCUCUUUCGCAAGUACAAGCAAGGCUACACAUAAUAACUUAGCUACAGCUGCUAGUAGCGAUUUGGGUGCGACUGGGAUUUGUUUAGCAACGGUUGGUAUUCCACUUAUCUCAAUAGUCGAGUUGCAUGAAUAGGAUUCAAAUGAAUUUGUCGUCUCCACAUAUCCCACAUGAUACGCAUAAAAUCAUAUCGGUACGACUGAGAUAUCCGCUGCUAGAUCUGUAUCAUUACUGUUGUUUUUUUAUUAUUAUUUUAAUGUUACUUUGUGCAAGAAUUGAGGCUGUAGCCUGUAGUGUGUCUGUGUGUGUCUUGUCGUGGUCUGAUUAUUGUAGUUUCUUGGGUUCGAUGUUUUGGUUAGAAAAUUGAGUGGAAGGUGUGAAUGGGUUCAGCGUCAUUUGCGGGAAUGCACCGAAAUGUUGACUUGUAGGACUACAGCUUUUGAUUGAAAUUUAGUCAAGCUCACUUUAUUAGGGUUAC